CGGCAAAGCUUUGUACAGUCUGCUCUGAGUGACUGGAAGGAACUAUAACUGGUCGCAGCUGCCCCCCAACUCGGAUUGGUCAGUGCAGCACGUGACCCGUGUGGAGGCGCUCGGUUGGGUCAGUGCAAUGGCUUCUAUCAGUGAUGGCAACACAGAUGCCCUGGUGGCCAGGUUCAAAGUUUUGGAAGAGACUGUGGGUAAACAGCACAAGGAAAACAGAGCUCUGAAGAAAAAGGUCCAGAGUUACCAUUCCCUCAACUCUUUAUAUCAUGAAGCCAAACAGGAGGUGAACAGCCUCAAACAAAAACUGCUGCUCAAGGAAAGUCUCAUCCAGAAGCUGAUGGUCAGCCAGGCCGCCCUUGGGGUUGAGGAACAUCAAGUGAGUUCUUCUAAGUCCUUGGUGGAGAGCUUGGUGGAGCAGUUGUCCUUGAUGAAGAGCAAACUGAAGGAGACGGAGAGGACUUGUCAGGAGAAGGUGGAAUCAUUGAGCCAGGAAAUUAAGAGGCUACAUCGGCAGCUGGAAGAUAAGGAUACGCAGGUCCUACAAUACGCCAGCUGGCCUCAGCAUGAGAAAGAACUGGAAAUCUGUCGCCUUCAGCAAACACUGACUGAUAAAGAGAGAGCUCAGGCCACCAGUGAGGUCCUGUGCCAGUCCUUGUCUGAUGAAAGCCAACAACUCCGACGCAAACUGGCCACCACAGCGGAAAUGUGUCAGCAGUUGGUCAAGUGUCUCGAAGAAACACAGAGAAAUUCAACUCGGAACGUGGAGCAGCCAGUGCACACAGAAAGGCCCAACAAGAUCCUGAAUCUAGACGGCAGCAAUGAGUCAUCUCUCAGCAAACUUCAGGAAGAGAACCGUUUAUUAAAACAGAAAGUUGUUCAUGUGGAAGAUUUAAAUGCAAAGUGGCAGAAGUAUGACGCCAGCAGAGAGGAGUAUGUUAAGGGGCUACACCUUCAGCUGAAGGAGCUAAAGGCUCGUAGCGACCUCAAGUCAUCCCAUAGUGCCCACACCCACAAGGAGCUCCUGCAAAAAGAGAUCAUCCGGCUGAACAAACUGUUGGAGGAGAGGAUGAACGAGUGCACCAAACUUAAACAAGAGAAGGAAGAAAUGGCCGGUGCUAGAAUUGCAGAUUCAGAGCGUAUACAGGUGCUUGAGCAGCAGCUGCUAGUUUACAAAGACGACUUCAUAUCCGAGAGGUCAGACCGAGAGAGAGCGCAGAGUAGGAUACAAGAGCUCCUGGAACAACUUUCUACCCUGCAACGCCAAACACGAAGGAUGGAGGAUCGAGAGACAGCUGGGAAUUUCCACAUUUUUAUCUCCAACAAAAACAAAACCUUUGUGAAGAAGAACACGACAGAAGCCCUGAGGGGCAGCAGCCCUGAGCACACAGAAGGCAGGAGACAAGUAGCACCAGCUGAAGCGGCAGAAGCACAUAGGAACUCUACCUCUGAGAGACGAGGUCAGGAUGAGCUCCAGUGUCCUCGCUGCUUCAGGAUUUUCAAGGACAGACUUGGUGACAAUUUACUUGAGCACAUCUCCGAGUGCUGCCAGUGAACGCAGCUUUUCUGUUGGCCACUGUUUACUUAACCACUACGUGGCAUGGGCUUUGAUGGUCCUGUGUGAACUUCGUUAAAUCUAUUCCAAAAUGCUGCUACAUCCUUGUUUGGGGUUUGCUGAAGUACUGUAACAAAGGAACAAAUAACUACAUUAGAAGAAGAAGUCUUUUCAAUACUUGAAGAAAGGUUCUAAACCUGCAAGAGUACAAAGGCACAUAGUGCAGGAAUGGGUGGAUAGAGCCUCGAUGAACUCUAUGAAGAGAUCUAAAGGAAUUAGGCAAAUGUCGGAAAACAAUAUUUCAGGAUAAAGCACGGAAAGCCUGGAAUACAUUUUCCAUUUCCGAAUGGACACAAAACAGAUUUCUUGCCGCACAAUUAUCCAUGAAACCUGCAUCAUGUCAAAAUAAAAACCAUAAGCAAAUUUCAUAGAUCAGAACUAGAUUUCUUUUAGAAUCCGGGAUGCAUCACAUACGUCAUUUUUUAAUUCAGCCAAACAGCUAAACCUUUGCUUUGGUCAGGUACCAAACUAAAUCUUAAUUUGCAUACGUGGACUGGAGACAAACCAAAAAAAUGGCAGUAAAAAUUGUUGCAGGAUCCAGCUUCUAUUCGAUUGAAUACCUAGGAUUCCAGUCUUGCAAAAAGUGCUGGGAGUCUGCCUGGGUGCAUCCCUAGAGUAGAGAGAGGGGUUGCUCUGUGGAUGAGAAAGCCAUCAUUCUGAAUAUUUUAUUUAUGUAUGUUUUUGGAAGAUUUUCAUUUUGAAAAGAAUUUUAUUUUCAAAUUUUCAAGUCAAAUCUAGAAAAUCUUUUAUUGGAGUUUACAUUAAAACUAUACAAAGUUUAUACAGACACCUCGUUUUUGCAUAACCUCACAGACAUAGGAAUAUCUCAUAUGAAAAACAUAUAAGUCGUUUAAACAAUCCAUUUCAUUUACAUUUUAUUGGCAAAUUCAAUGUAUUUGUGUAUUUAAUUGCACCAAAAAUAUUCAGACCGUUUGAUAUACCUCAGUAUCCAAUGCAUAUUCUUACAAAGUGCCGCCCUGGUGCUAUAAUGUGCAACGUUUACAUUGAAAUAUUUACACAGAAUGUCAGUUGGAGGAAAAUCCCAUUUUUGUUUAAAGGAUUUCAAGGGCUCUGGCAUUUUGGGGUUUCCAUUGUUUAUUUUGAAAUGUUGUUCAGGAUGUUGUGUGAUGGCAAAUGACACGUGGCACUCGCUUGUGUAGGGAAAUGUAGCCCGUCCAACCGGAAAUUUGGGCCUUUAUCUCGUGCUUUUGUAACUGAUAACAUCUCUUUAUAACGCUGACAAAUCUGUCCAUGCCAUCAGGGAAACAUUUCUUUUUUGUUUUACAUAGUCUGAAAUCGAUCUAAUUUUUUUCAUACAGAUGACUUUUGCACUGAAUUGUUAUGUACUGUUCAUAUUUAAGUUAUAAUAUGUAUAAAUUGUCUAUUUUUCUUUAUUUAUUUAAUGGUAUCCUAUUUGAUUCAACCCGAAAUCUUAUUUUUGUAAUAAAAACUCUAAAA